AUGGAAACCGCUAAGGACUACAGUAAGGACGCCUUCCAUGAUGAAUUCAAUGCACUGAUGUCUAAAAUACCAAGCCAGCAGGUGGUCAUUGUCGGAAUCGAGGCGAAUGCGAAGAUGGGACUCGAGCAGCAAUCCGAUGUGCUAGGAAAAUGGUAUUAUCCAGCGGAGCGCACGUCGGACAACGGUGACCGUCUGGUCUACUUGUGCGAACAGACGGGCCUCAUCAUCGCUUCCACGUUUAAGAGGAAUCAUCGACACAAUCAGCUCACGUGGCAGGGGCCAACACUUCUAACGCCUGAAGAGCAGCUCAAGCGGAAGAUGAGGACUCUUAAGCUUCAGCUCGACUACGUUCUGGCGAGGAACAUUCCUCAGUCAGAUAUCCGAAAAUCUAGAGCUGUUUGGGACGUGGCGUUCGACUCUGACCACCGUCCAGUUCUUCCCAGCUUCAAGAUACGGUUAAACAAGAGAAAUCGAGGAGUUCCUCUUCAACCGAAAAUCGACAUGGCAGGCCUGAAAGACGAUGAAUGCAGAACAAAAUUCCGCUAA